AUGUACGCAUUUACCACUCCACCACCCCUACCAGCCGCACUUCGCGACGCCACCACCCGACCUCCGCCAUCGCUGACCGAGCUUCGGGAUAGACGCCGCUCAUCCGCCGAAUCGAGAGGCAAUCAAGGCGGCUUUCCCUCUAAUCGUGAUGGUUUUGGCGAUUCCAUGCGUCGAGACCCGCCUCGGGGCCCCAAGGCUCUCAUCGACCUGCCCAAUGGUCCCCGCGGAGGUGGUUUCGCCGGAGACUUUCGCGGCGGUCGCGGCCGCGGCAGGGGCCGUCCCUGGCCAGCUCGCGAUGAUAGCAGAGAACGCGGCAGGGAGAGGGACCUUGAUUUUCGCGACCGUUAUCGCGAUGAUCGUAGCCGUGAGCGAGACCGUGAUCGUGACAGGGAUAGAGACUGGCGCGACCGCGACUUUGGCCGCAGGCGCUCCCCCAUUGGACGUCCCAGAUCGCCCAACAGGGACUUUCGAGAUCGUGACCGCGAUGCACCGCCCCCACUAGACGUCGAAAGACCUCGCCGCGCCUCUCGCGACGCUGGGCCGCCUUCGGCUGGAUCUGCAGUCUCCGACCCGCCCUUUGGCGGUCCUUCGUUUUCGCGUGGAGGCGGCUUCAUGAGAGGCCGUGGAAGAGGGGGAAGGGGUGAUUGGGGUCCUGACAGAGGUAGAGGACGCACUCCCUACGACGACCGCAAUGAUCGCUAUCCCAGAAGCCGUUCUCAGGAGGGCCGCUGGGGUCGAGACCGCGAUGAUCGAGAUAGAGGAGAUCGUUAUCCCGAAGAUGGCCGCAGAGAUAUACGCGAUGAUCGCGAUAGACUCGAUAGAGAUCACCUUCGAGGCAAGCCGGACGCCCGCACUCCAAAUCCGAUAGAGUCGGCACCGCAAUCCCGUGAGGUAUCGCCUCCCCCCGUCGCACCAUCGGCCCCAGCAUUUGGCUCUGUGCCAAACAGAGCAUCGAUUUCGCUUGACAGCACCAGCAAGCCACCUUCUAUGCCCAGGGCGCACAGCGAUCGUCCGCCUUCCUCGGGUCAUUUGGGACCUGGUAGUCCUUCUCUGAGCGUCCGUGGCCCUCCACCAGGCCCCAGUCGACAUUUUGGCAGAAGAAUACCAGACUCUCCCAAAGCAAUGCGAUCUCACACUUUUGCUUACGGAGGCGACUAUCCAGAGCAACGACGCCCCCGUAGUAGCGGGGCAAAUUCUGAUUCUGUCGCAGCCACGGAGAAUCGAUCGCGGUCCAAUUAUAGCGCCGAACCAGGCGAGAUUGUUAAAGGCGAACAUGAGGUGCAAGACUCCAAGCAGUUGGCUGCCGAUCUCGAUGAAGGCGAGCUACCUCAGGAAGCCGAAAGGCCAUCCACCCAGAAGCUCAGCACCAAGCACGUGCCACCAAAAGUUGGUCGCAAGCGCAAGCGGCCUGCUGUUGGCGUUGUUCGAUUCUCGCUCCCGCCAAAAAAUUUAAAAGACGACGACUCCGAAUCCGACGAUGACGAAGACAUGGCUGACUACUUUGAUAUGGAAAUCAGCAAAACUGAAUCCGAGCUAAGCAAGCUACAGAAGCCAGUUCUGCCACUGGAAGUCCUUUCCCGCUAUGCCUCACUCUCCCAUGGGUCUAUGGUCAAGAUACUGAACGACGGUGAAGGGUUGGUGGAGAUGCUUGGCCAACCGCCAGAAGGCAUGGCAAUCAGCACAGCCAAUGAUGAAAAGGAGGUAGUCCAGCCAAAGCCAGAGGCUGUUGCUAUAUUGGAACCCCAGCCAAAGCCAGAAGAAACAAUGCCCUCCAUCGCCGAUCUUCCGGUCAUCACCAAGAACGAAGAGACCCCUAUUCCACCUGUGGCUGCCAUUCCGGAGAUUGAGAGCGGACAGGGGGAGCCAGACUUGCGGCUUGACCUGCAGUCGAAGUCGGAACCGGGGCCGGAGCCGGGAAAGAAUCUGGAGAAGGGUUUGGUGACGGAACCGGAACCGGAGAAGAGACCCGAGAAGAUCUCGGAGAAGGAACCGGAGGAGAGAUUGCAGGAAGAACCGCAGGAGAGACUACAGCAAGAAUCGCUGGAGGAGCCACUCGUGGAAUUGCUUGAUAAACCGGAGAAUGAACCACAACCAGAACCAAAGGCCGAACAGCCAGCAGCAGUAGUACCGCCGAUUCCCGAAAUCGACAAAGUUCUGAAUGAGCCCGAACUGGAACUGGAGCCUCAACUCAAUGGGGCCGCAGAAUCCGCGGAGCUACAGUCUGAAGAGUUCAAGAUACUUGAGGCCCCUGUGCCUAUGGAAAUCACGGAGACCGGAUCCAAGGUCCCCAGCACGCCCUCUCAAGUUGAGGAUGACGAGACGGAAUCCGAGGAUGACACGUAUCUGGACGUCGAUGCUACUCGACAAUACAUGGCUACUCCGCCUCCCGACAGCCUGCCGCAUUUCGCCACAAAGCCCUGGGACAAGGAUACUGAGUUUCUGGCAAGUUUGGAGACUGAUCCUGAACUCGAUAACUACGUCGCGCAGCACAUGAGCAAAGUCCAUUUGGAUAGCAACCGGGAACAGAACGAGCAGCGCCAUGUAUAUGCCGACAACUAUAUCCGCUACCUCGAUUUCACCACCUCCAGUGAUCCGGUUGCUGUCAAGAGUCGAGACAAGUUCUCCGUCACGAUGCCCAUCCCAGAACCCGCAACUGCGGCGACACCUGAACCAAAGCCCGAGGGCCGUACCUCGGGACGCCGCUUUGCCACUGAACGUGAUCUCGAGCGCGUUCUGCAAGCCUCGAUGCGAGAAGAUGAGGAGCGAAAGGAACGAGAGUUGCGAAUUCAAAAAGAGAAAUACCGGAGCGAGAAAGAAGCCGAUAUCCCUAGCAUGUACUGGGACGCAGAAGAACGCCAGAAUGUACAGUACUGGGACCACACGGGUUAUACGCCGCAAGACAGACUCGUAUCUACUUGGCAGGUUCUUGCGCCGGUGAAUAACUUUACGAAAGAAGAAGCAGAACUUUUCGAGAAGCGAUAUCUGGAGCAUCCCAAGCAGUGGGGCAAGAUUGCCGAAGUCAUACCCAACCGUGACUUUGGUACAUGCAUCCAAUAUUAUUACCUGAUGAAGAAGGAACUCAAUCUCAAAGAGAAGCUGAAGAAGCAGCCCAAGAGGCGCAAGAAGGGCCGAGGCAAGCAGCGUUCUAGUGCAUUGAUGUCUGAACUUGGCAAUGCCGAUCCGGAGACGGAAGACAAUCAGGAAGCCGGUGAGAAUGGCGAGAGGCGACGCCCCAGACGUGCCGCUGCUCCUACAUGGGGCUUUGAGCAACCUCCCAUCGAUCCUGACACUUCUACGCCCGUAUCGACCCCUGGCCGCCGUGCUCGAGGCGAGGGGGAAAAGGCCGAUGGCAGAAGGCGUGGCAGGAAGUCGGCCAAGGACAAGGAAAAGGAAGCCAAAGAGAAGAAGGCGAAUCAAUCGCAAUCCGCGGCAUCUACUCCAGGACCAAGCAAGGGACGGCCGCGAUCAUCUUCACGUAUACCUGAAGGUCCCGCACCAGUACCCAACGAAAUCCAUCCCGCCAUACCCAACUUCGAGCAGGCUAUUCCCUCUGGCAUCCAGCCGCCGUUCUCUGUUCAUUCGCAGCCUAUGACCGGUAUUGAGAGGCAGCAGACGCCUGUGGUCCCGCCGCCCAUCGUGGAUGUGCUGUCCGCGCCAUCUCUCAGGCCAGAGCCGCCGCCACCACCACCUCAGCCGGCCAUGGCAACUUUCAACCUGUCCCAGUCUAACCAAGAUCGGAAGGCGGCUACGCAAGCAUCUAGUUACUGGAGUGUAUCCGAAUCUAACGAUUUUCCUCUGCUGCUCGCGGCAUUUGGAUCUGACUGGACCGGUAUUGCAAAUCACAUGGGAUCGAAAACCGCAGUUAUGGUCAAGAACUAUUUCGUUCGUCAAAAAGACCAGACGAAACCAGAAUUGGAGGCCAUUGUAAAUGACGCAGACGCGAAGCGUAUACGAGGUGAAAAACGGCCUGAUCCACCGAUGCCCACCACUGGUGGUCGUGGAAGACGAUAUGAUGUACUGCCACCUACCCCUGGUCGCCCUGGUCCCUUUGGCGUUGCACCGGGAAUGGAUAUGCACAAUGAGCCGCCGCCGCCAGUCAAGCAAGACAAUGGACAGCCAGGCCGCACACCAGGAUACCCCGCUUACGGUGUCCCUAUUGCAAAGGCGCCUGCACAAGGUCUUGGGCCGCCUGCAGGACAGCCCGUCGGAGCCCAAGCCGCGCCACCGCCAGUCGGUCAGCCGCUUUCUCCCUCUCGCACAGAACGUGGGCCCCCGCCUGCCUUUGGCUUUCCUGAUCGUGACCGAGAGGUUCGCGGACCCUUGGCACCGAAAGGACCUGGCGCUGGUAGCCCCGACAUCCGAAAUCAGCGAAUUUUACAUGAGCGCCAAAAAGCCGAACUUGCACUGCGCGAAUCUCACAUGCGCGAAAGGGAACGGGAGCGCGAUCUCGCUCGUCAGCCCAUGCGUGUGAAGCAGGAGGAGAUGCCACCGCAACAUGGUGGCUACGAGCCAUUUGGCCAUCGCCAACAGCCGAGCUUGGGACAAGUCAGGCCCGAGCCGCUGUCUCUCGGACGGCCGGCAACGACAGAACCGCCGCGCAACUAUGGUCAGGCACCGCAGCCUGCCCGAGGGCUACUUGGCGAUCCCAGCCCUAGCCACUCGCCGCCUGUGGCGAGACCAAUGUCGACCAUGGGCUCACGACCGCCAUCUGGAGAGAUUUACCCUUCCCAUGCUCCUCCACAGUCCCGUACUCCCGUCCCUACUGGCGGCCUAGCGAAGCCUCCCGAACCACGUAAGACGUCAAACAUCAUGUCUUUGCUCAACGACGAUCCUCCACCAGCACCGAAGCGAGUCAACGAAAUGGCGGCUCGAGCUGUCCCAACACCGCCACCACAGCCCAUGUCGCGCCCGCCCCCGGCACAGCAACCUUCUGCACCUUUGCGUCGCGAACCAGAGCAAGCUUACCACGCGUAUGGUCGCGGCCCUCCUCCUGCAGCGGCUCCUGCAGGUAUGCCUUCACUCAAACCCUCGCAACCUCCGCCAAUGCCGGGAUCUCGGAUGGGCAUGGAUGCCCAACCCGAUCGCGAUUAUUACCGAUCACAUGCAUUCCCCCCUGUCCCGCAAAACACGGCUACAAACUCGCCACCGACAGCACCUCAUCGGUAUGCUCCUCAAUCUUCUCAGACAUACCAGCCUCAGCCUCAGCCCGGUUACCCGGCCCAAUACGGUUCGGCGCCGCCCUCGCAUGCUGGGUCGCCACCUCCUCAAUACACUGGCCAUGCGGCACCUAGAGGAAGAGAUCACGGCCCUCCGCCCCCGCAGAAUGUGCGUGACUCAGGCUGGCCACCACACCAGCAGCCUCCCAGCAACGCCUGGCAACAGGGCCCCGGGCCCAAGACAUCGCAGGGCCCGCCGCAGCAGCAGUCGUGGUCUCCAGCUCCGCAAUCGCAGCCGCCACCUCACCCUCACGCUGUUCGAGACGAUCGAGCCUACGGCACGCAGCCGAUGCAAAGUCGCUACGCACCACCGGCCACCUCGCGGCCUCCCGACCCUGGUCCGCCACCGCCCGCGUCCUACAACCGCUACUCGUCGACGCCCGUACCUCGCGACCCAAGAGAGAUGCCUGGCCGGAGCUACACACCUGUUGGCUACGAUACCAGAGGGCCGCCGCCACCUCCUCAGGGCCCGCAAGGCUAUCCAGGCCCUGACCCGCGGGAUGCACGAGAUCCGCGGGACAUGAUGGCUAGAGGGCUGCGGCCUCAGGACUAUGAUCGACGGCAGGAUCAAUAUAGACGAUGA